AUGCUUCAACGACUCGCAAGCUCAUGGGCGCCAAAAGCCAUGCGCGCAGUCGCAUCAGGCUCAUCCGCGGCUCGUCAAAUGCAACCGUCUGGCUCCGUCAUCCGCCAAUUCUCAUCGUCGUCAUUACGAUUCAACAGCGAGGAGGACAAGUCGGCAAUCACACAGCAGCUCGAGGCACAGACAUCAGGACAGCCUACUUCCGACCCCACCUCGGCAGGCAGCAACAAUGUAUCCGAUGCUCAGCAGCGCGAGCUCUCCGCCCAAGCUGAAGCCGAGUCGGCUGCUUCCACCGCAACGAGCGCAGGCAGGCCAGCAGCGCCCACCAACCUCGACGACAUUCUUGGCUCCCUCGAUGCGGUAUCGUCCCUCCCUGGCUCUGAAGCUGCCGCUGCCGACGAAGCCUCCGCAUCCUCCUCGUUCCGCGACCGCGCUUCCCCCAUCGUCCGCGGUUCUGCAGCCUCGCGCUACUCCUCGACCCUCUUCCAAUCCUCCUCCGCCCUUCCUCAUCGCCUCUUCGUCAACUCUUCGCGUAACAACACCAUCCUCACCCUCACCUCUCCCUCUGGCGACCCGCUCGCCUCCGCCUCAGGUGGCAGUGUGGGCUUCAAAAAGUCCGCCCGCUCCGGUUACGAGGCUGGCUACCGUGCGGCGUUCUCCAUGUUUGGCAAGAUCAACGAGUUCAAGGAUGCAUGGCGGAUCCAGCACUUGGAGGUGCUUUGGAACGGGUUCGGACAGGGAAGGGAGGCAGUGUAUAGGGCCAUGUUGGCUGGUGAGGGUCAGGCGACCAAGAAUCUGAUCAGCAAGAUGACCGAUAAGACGCCGGUCAAGAUCGGAGGUGUCAGGCCGAAGAAGCGCAGGAUGUUGUAG